UUUGGCGGACUUUAUCCGCUGCUGCUGCAGACAAAGUGGUGGUGUGUUCACUGCCUUCAGUUCAGCUCAACGUCUUUCUGCGACUGGAAGUUCUUCUGCCUCUGACAGAACUUCUCCUCUUCAGAUCUCCAUUUCGAUUGGUGACCAUCCACUCAAAAACAAUGUCUUUGACAAACGGCGCCGGUGUGAGCAAAGAAACGUGGGAGUCGCACAACAAAAUGAUGCUGGAGCCCCUGUCCAUCAACGACUCCGAGGUUUUCUCCAUCAUAAAAAAAGAGAAGCACAGACAGACGUACGGUCUGGAGCUCAUUGCGUCUGAGAACUUUGCCAGCAGAGCUGUUCUUGAGGCCCUGGGUUCUUGUAUGAACAACAAGUACUCUGAGGGGUAUCCUGGACAGAGGUAUUAUGGCGGCACAGAGCAUGUGGAUGAGCUGGAGAGGCUUUGUCAGAAGAGGGCGCUGGAGGCCUAUGGUCUGGACUCAGAGAAAUGGGGCGUGAACGUGCAGCCAUACUCAGGUUCGCCUGCUAACUUUGCGGUGUACACGGCCAUGGUGGAGCCCCACGGCAGAAUCAUGGGACUGGACCUUCCUGAUGGAGGUCACCUGACACACGGCUUCAUGACAGAGAAGAAGAAGAUCUCAGCAACGUCCAUCUUCUUUGAGUCAAUGCCAUACAAGGUGAAUCCAGAAACUGGCUACAUUGACUAUGACAGACUUCAAGAAAAUGCAAAGCUGUUCCAUCCCAGACUCAUCAUUGCGGGAACAAGCUGCUACUCUCGUAACCUUGACUACGCUCGCAUGAGGCAGAUCGCUAACGAGAACAGUGCCUAUCUGAUGGCAGACAUGGCUCACAUCAGUGGCUUGGUGGCGGCCGGUGUGGUGCCCUCUCCCUUUGAGCACUGUGACAUUGUUUCCACCACGACGCACAAGACGUUGCGCGGCUGCCGCGCUGGACUUAUCUUCUACAGGAAAGGUGUGCGGAGCGUCGAUGCUAAAGGCAAAGAGACUCUGUACAACUUGGAGUCUUUGAUUAAUCAGGCUGUGUUUCCUGGGCUGCAGGGAGGACCACACAACCACGCUAUUGCAGGUGUAGCUGUCGCUCUCAAACAAGCCAUGACCCCAGAGUUUAAGGCCUACCAGCAGCAGGUUCUUGAUAACUGCAAAGUUCUGUCCAGUGCCCUGAUUGACCACGGCUACAAGAUCGUCACUGGCGGUUCUGACACCCAUCUGAUCCUGCUGGACCUGCGCAGCAAAGGAACUGAUGGAGGACGAGCGGAGAAGGUUCUGGAAGCCUGUGCCAUCGCCUGUAAUAAGAACACCUGUCCAGGGGAUAAAAGUGCUUUACGCCCCAGUGGUCUAAGGUUUGGCUCUCCAGCUCUGACCUCCAGAGGCCUGGUGCAGGAUGACUUCAGAAAAGUGGCUGAGUUCAUUCACAGAGCUAUUCAGUUGACCUUGGAGCUGCAAAGCAGCCUGGAACCCAAGGCCACUCUGAAGGAGUUUGUUCAGGCUCUGUCCAAGGACGAGAAGUUCCAGCAACGGGUGGCGGAGAUCCGGGCUGAGGUGGAGGCUUUUUCUGGUCAGUUCCCAAUGCCUGGCCUUCCUGAGCUGUAGAUGGCAGCACUUCAGAUGUCUUCUGGACUGAAGCUCAUUAACAAACGUUGUUCUAUCAAUUUUGAAGGUGUGUUACAUGUGUAUAUUUUUUUCUGUUAAAUCAGCCACUCUCCAAAACGACACACUUGACAGCAGCCAUAGAUACACAUGUACUGUAUUAUACCAUAACAUGGAAUAGAUGUUUCAAUGAUUCAGUGUUGCUACUGUUACUGGGUUAGGUGGGUUUUUUUCACGGUUUCCUGAGUCUUUAAGAAGCUUUAAGUCAGAAAUCGCAGUUUGCUUUGUAUUACACUUAAAAUUCCAAAGGUUGCUAGAAGACUGCCACACAUUUGAGACCAAAACACAACUGCUGGUUUGAUAUGUGAGCACCCUGUGUUAUAAACUAGACAUUUACAACAGAAUGUUCUGAAUAAUAAAACUGCUGUUACAUGUGAUUAAAGUGACCAUAAUGAAUGACUUUUCAAACCAAACUAAGUGAAUACUCCCUCUUAAAUAUAAAUACUAACACAAGCUCUUAUAUGUAUUGUAGAAAAAUGACGUGUGUCCAGUUCGACUGCAACCCUCAGAUUGAUUCUAGAGGGAAACAAACCUGUUCAACUGUUUUGAUAUUACUCUAUAUUGAGAGGGGUAAUAAAUGUACACGGGCUGUAAAGUCACUAAACUCACUGGCACAACAGUCACAACAGAAAAGUGAAUUUGUAGAGUUUCUUGGAAGAGGUUUUAAACAAGGAACACAGAAUGUUACACAAUGUCACUGCAACCUGAUGCACUGACGAUCAAUAAUAGAAUCACUGGGACCUGGUCAACUACUGUAUAUGAUUGGAAUUAUUGAAUCAUUUUAUUCUGUUCAGAAAACUGCCUUUGAAUUGAGAUGUUAAGUUCUGUCAAGAAAAAAAAACCUUAAAAUAAUUGCAACUGUGCUUUUUCUCUUCUCUUCUUCUUUUGAGAUCACCAAUAAAAUCAUCUUCUGAUAUUAAAAAACAAAA